GAUUGGACACUGACGCUUCACCAGCUCAGAGUGAGGCCUCAUUGGCCAGCUCUGGAUCCAUCCCUGUCCCCUUCUCCCUACCCUGCGGUCACGCCCUUGCCAUGUCCCAUCCAGAGGGGGCACUUGUGGAUGUGGAGAUACGAGAGGGGGGAGCCCGCUGCCAGCAUUGUCGCCGUGACGACCCGGGGCCCAAGUCUGAGCAGGGGGGGAGAGCCUGCCCUCACAGCACGGCAGAGAGGGACAGAAACCAGGGGCCCCCUGGGAUAAGGGGCCCGGAAGAGGAGCAGAAAACUCCGGAUCAGCAGGAGAAGCCAGGCCAGCCCGAGGAGGAGAGGCCCCAGGAAUCUGGGCCCCUGGGCCCCGAGGAGCUGAAGGAGGAGGCCCCAGGGCCCGAGGACGUUGCGUGCGACGCUUGCCUGGAGAGCACCCCCCACAAGGCCGUCAAGUCCUGCCUCACCUGCCUGGUGUCCUACUGCCAGACUCACCUGAGGCCUCACCUGGAGAACAGAAAGUUCCAGAACCACCGGCUGGUGGAACCGGUGCGGGACAUCGAGUGCCGCACCUGCGAGGGCCACAGCCGGCCCCUGGAGCUGUACUGCCCUGCUGAUGCCUGCUGUGUCUGCCAGGGGUGCGUGGAGGAGGGGCACCGGGGUCACAGUCUGAUACCCCUCACUGAGGCCCGCAGGGAGAUAGAGAAAGAGUUACAGCAGAAGGAAGAGGAAAUGAUGAAGAUGGUGACUGCUGCUGAGAAGGCCAUCAGCAAACUACAGACCAACACCAUCUCCAUCAAGGGCUCGGUGCUGGAGGCGCGAGCGGUGACGGAGCAGCAGUUCGCGGUGCUGCGGGCCGCGGUGGAGGGGGCGCAGCGCGAGGUGACGGAGGUCCUGGAGGCCGAGGAGAAGCGGGCGGUGCAGCGGGCGGACGGCGUCCGGGCGCACCUGGAGCAGAAGCUGGCCGAGGUGCGGCGGGCCCAGACCAGGGCGGAGAAGCUCUUCGGGAACAAGAACGACGUCGACUUCCUGCAGGUAUACUCUCAGUGGAGGAAGGAGGCAGUGGACGUCAGCCUGCCCGGGGUGUACAUUGGCCUGAUAGAUCGUCUCACUGUCUUCAGCCAUAUGGUCACUGAGUCCACCCAGGAGCUGUGUGGCCAACUGCUGCCUGCUUACAGGGACAAGCUGAAGGAUGCCUUCAAGGGUGAGAAACUGGGUGUGAAAAACAGAGCCGGCGUCGUCAGCCCGGGCCCAAAUGAGGAGCCAGAGCCAGAGACUCGAGAAGACUUCCUUAAAUACGCCGCCCUGCUGAGCUUCGACCCGGACACCGCGCACAGCUUCCUGCGGCUGACGGAGGGGAACAGGAAGGCCGCCAACACCGCGCCCUGGCAGCACGACUACCCGGACGGGCCGGGGCGCUUCGCGCACUGGCGCCAGGUCAUGGCCGCCGAGAGCUUCUGCCUGGGCCGCCACUACUUCGAGGUGGAGGCGGGCGGGGACGGCCUCCACGUGGGGGUCACCUACAAGAGCAUCGACCGCAAGAGCGGGGAGAGCAACGGCUGCAUCGCGGGCAACGACUUCUCCUGGUGCCUGCAGUGGAACGGGCGCGGCUUCUCCGCCUGGCACAGCGACAGUGAGACGCCCCUGAAGGGCGCCGGGGGGCGCGCGAGGAUCGGGGUCUACGUGGAUUACGACAGAGGGCUCCUGGCCUUCUAUGGAGUGGGCGCCUCCAUGACGCUCAUGCACAAGUAUCAGGCAGAGUUCCUGGAACCCCUGUACCCCGCUUUUUGGCUCUCCAAGAAGGAGAACUGGGUCCAGCUGGUCAGCCCCUGGGAUGACCCUUCCACCCCCUGCAUGUCCCCCUCCCAACCCCUAAAACCAUAGUCCCUUAUGCUGAGCCAUCAGACUGCGAAAGGACUUGAUUCACAGUAUGAUUCUGUAACACUCCUCGGUUAAGUAAAGCAAAUGUGACUAAUGAGUCAGAGUUACACAUGUGGCUGAACCAGACCUGGGUCAAAUACGGAUUUGUUUUGGAUUCAAAUACUGUUCUAUGCUUUACUCAUCUUGUCUGGUGUAUUGGAAGCAAUGAAAUUCUCUCAAAAAGUGCAAACCUUGCCUUCUGGUCAUAUUGGCAGGCUCAAUUACACCAGGCAUGGUCAAUAGAGCGCAGAAAAGUAUUUAAAUCACAAACAAAUACGUAUUUGACCCAGUUCUGGACUGAUUUGUUUUCCUGCCCUGCUCUGUGUUGAAGGAUGUGCUUCUCGUGAAAGCUGUGUGCACCUGCCAGUCCCAUUUCAGACAUUGUGUUACGGACAUUUACAUUUAUGUAUGUACCAGUACCUACUUUUCUAUUCUUCUUAGCAUUCAGAAGAAUGGUUUAGCAAUAUUUAAUGUGGUGAUAUUUUUAGUCCAUAACAAUUGACACACAUUGUACAUAUGGAGUUGAAUAAAACCAGAGUACAAUGAAUCAUCUUUCCCAUAUAAUCAUACUGUAGAAUGAUGUCCAAUUUGUAAGUUCCAUCUGGAAAAUUGAGAGUUGAGGAAUUAAGAAAAAAUAAUCCUUGUUUUAAUUCUUAUUAAACUUUUAUUUGAAUUGAGAAAUAUCAGGAAUACACAUUUCAUCAAGAGAAGAAACCUUUGCAUACAUUUUAAUAUAACUAUUAUUUCUGAAACCCACUUCAUUUUAAUGCAGAAUAUUUAAUUUUGAAACAUACAGUUUCCAUUUAAAAAAUUAGUCAGUGCUCUUAUUCUGUAACAGCUAACUCUGCAAGCAAAACACUCAGUGAAGAAAUCAUUCUAAAUUUUAAGACAAGUGCUGUUCUCUAGGGAAAAGUUCAGUAAGGGUUUCACACAUGAUCUUAACUCAUUCAUUGAAAAAAGGAAAGAGCUUUUAGAAAUCUUGACAUGUUUUCAGGCCUGAUUGAAUCCCAGUAAAGUGAUGCUCAGGUGAAGAUUUUUUGUGGUGAAGAUGACAUCAUAUUCUUGUUUACCUCAGAAUUGUACCUCGGCUACCCAAUCAGGCGUUGAAGUCGGUCUCAUCAUAGGCGGGGUUGACAAAGUGGACCCCCAAGUCUGUCACAGUGAUGGUGUUCAGGCUGUCUGUCCCAUACAGUCCGCCCGAGCCAGGCAUCUGAGAGGGCUUGUUGAACAUGGGGUUGUCGAAACCGUGAUCUAUGGGCCCCCCCAACUCCCCAAUCUCGCUGUUCUUCCUCCAGCUGGGCAGCGAGGGGAGGGCUGGCACGUGGAUGACCCCACGGUGGAACAGGAAGGCCAGGACGAGCAAGGCCGCCACCAAAGCCAGGACUCCCAGGACAGCACCCGCCACAACUCCUGCCCCGCCGCCCGUGCCACUGUUGCCUGAGGAUGCCUGGAACUCUGCUCCCUCGAUGCCCAAGUGUGCCCCCUCGGACUCGAUGUCCUUCAUGAUGUCACGGGCCAGGUCUUCCGCCACCACCCCAGGCCCCGUCCCUUCCUCUUUGUCCAGGAGCACCACCUGGAUCUCUGUCGCUGCCUCGCGGGGGAUCACUCCCAGCAGCCACUGAGGCACGGUAACCUUGGAUACGCCCAUAUGAACGGCCUGGUACUGAGGGCGGCUGAAAAAGAGAUGCUGUAGCCGCUGGCGGUAGGACUCCAGGUCAAAGCUGCCGGAGAUCUUCAAGUGGAGGAUAGCGCCACACACGUCACAGCAGUGCCCUGCGGGACGCAGGGCCUUCUGGCAGUCCAGUCGGGAGCAGGUCACGCCCGCGCAGAUCCUCUCGUGGUGCACCGAAUUGCCGCAGACGCAGCCGGAGCUGUCGUCGCAUGCGGGGCUCCCGACGACGGGGGCGCUGUCUCCGUGGAACUGAAGCCGGCCAGAGCGUGAUGUCAGGUACCGGGAGAACUCGCCGUUGUCGCUAAACCUUCGCCCCAGCACGGACAGGCUCUUCACCGGGACGUUCUGCUGCCCAGCCGUAGUGUCCACGCGGAAGGAGGCGUCCGGCCGGAACACCACGUCGUCGUGGCGGCAGGGCACGCUCUCCUCGUGCACUGAGAACAAGAACCGGCCCUUUUCCAGGUCUUCCGAGGUGGAGGCCGACCGCCACAGCUUGGGAUCAAACCACUGCGCCGUCUCGGAGUCCUGGAACUGGACCGUGACGCCUGUGCCACAGCUGGCGUCCUGUCCGCCGUCCACCGCGAAGCCAGCCCCCGUCGCCAGUAUGAACUCCCCGUUCACCGGCAGCCUCAUCUCCCGGAUGGAGUGCACCUCCCGCACGUACACGGACACCUCCCUGUGGGCCAGAAACUGGACCCUGUCGCUACCACAGGGCACCGUGCCCUUGUCCCAGUUGCUCCCAUUCUCAAAGUUGGUGUCGGGGACCCACUGUUUGUAGAGGCAGCUAGCCGACCCGGGGAAGCCAAGGAAGAGGCAGAGGGAGAGGAGGACAGCCAGCGGAGGAGACAUCCUGAGGGUUUGUGAUAGAAGUGAGAAGCAGGGCUGACCUUCGCUCCGGCUCUGACCGUGUGAAUGUCACAUGAGGAGGAAGAGGGAUGAGCUUCGGUUGCCUUUACUGGGAAAAGCAGUCAAACAUUGACUACAUCGAGACAACUGUGAGGGCAAGACGGACUUGAAACCAGCCAGGGUUUUACAUGUAUGACAAAAAAUUAUUGAAUGAACAGUGCGGUUUGAAUGCACUUACGCACACUGAAACAUUCAGAAUUAUUUGAAUGCACUUUUGCACUUAGUGUUUUAAGUCGCUCUGGACAAAUGCAGACAAAAAUGGAUGUCAUGUCAUGUAAUGUGAAGUUGCAUUUAAGUGCAUGUGUGAUAACUGAUGCUAUGCAUAAAAUAUUUUUUAAAAUGUAA